CGUCGUCAUUCUGUUUAUAUCCGUUAAUCCGUACAGGGGAGUCAGCUGUCCAACGUGUUUUUUUUGCUGGUGGCCUUUCAAGAAUUAGAUGUAGAUAUUCGUUGCAAUACUGAUUCCAAUGGAUUCUCCAGCGAUUGGAAUAGAUUUGGGUACAACGUACUCUUGUGUUGGAGUUUUCCAACAUGGCAAAGUUGACAUUAUCGCCAACGAUCAAGGUAACAGAAUCACGCCAAGCUAUGUCGCUUUCACAGAGAUUGAAACGUUGAUCGGAGAUUCCGCAAAAAGUCAGUCAGCGAGGAAUGUAGAUAAUACCGUUUUUCAUGUCAAGAGGCUUAUAGGUCGUAAAUUCGACGAUGUCACGGUUCAAGCCGAUAUGAAGCUAUGGCCUUUUGAGGUUGUUAAUGAUAAGAAUAACAAACCAAAAAUCAAAGUUGAAUUCCAAGGUACUUCUAAAACCUAUUUCCCUGAAGAAAUAUCGUCGAUGGUGCUACGACGAAUGAAAGAGACUGCCGAAGCUUUCUUGGGUAAAAAAGUAAAAAAUGCUGUAAUCACCGUGCCAGCUUAUUUCAACGAUUCUCAAAGAUCGGCUACAGUUGAUGCGGCCACAAUCGCAGGCUUGAACGUAUUACGUAUAAUUAAUGAACCUACAGCUGCCGCCAUUGCUUAUGGUCUAGACAAAAAAGAUUCCAACGAGCAAACAGUAUUGAUUUUCGAUCUCGGCGGUGGAACUUUUGAUGUCUCCAUUCUAACUAUUGAAAAAGGUGUUCUUGAAGUGAUCUCAACCGCUGGCGAUACUCAUUUGGGCGGAGAAGAUUUCGACGACAGGAUAGUCAAUUACUUCGUUCGAGAAUUCAAACAGAAAUACAAGAAAGAUCUUGGAGAUAACAAAAAAGCCUUACGGCGCUUACGAACCGCAUGCGAACGAGCAAAGAGAACGUUAUCGUCGGCCACUAUAGCCGCAAUCGAAAUCGAAUCUCUUCAUAAGGGAAUUGAUUUUUAUAGUUCGAUCUCUCGUGCUCGUUUUGAAGAACUAAAUGCUGACUACUUUCGAAACGCCAUGGCACUGGUUGAAAAAGCUAUCAAAGAUGCUGAAAUCAGUAAAAAUCAGAUUGAUCAUGUGGUUUUGGUUGGUGGCUCGUCCCGGAUACCAAAAAUUCAGAGAAUGUUGCAAGAUUUAUUUAAUGGAAAGGAGUUGAAUAAAUCGAUUAACCCAGACGAAGCAGUAGCCUAUGGAGCUGCCAUACAAGCUGCCAUACUGAAUGGUGAUCAAUCGAAGAAUGUUCAAGACAUAGUUUUAUUCGACGUUAUACCAUUGUCGCUGGGUAUUGGCGCUGAUAAAUAUUUUAAAAGAAUGGCUGUGUUCUUUAAACGCAACUCGCCAAUUCCAGCCAGAAUUACUAAACGAUGCAGCACGUUUGAUGAUAAUCAAACUGCUGUAGGAAUCAAAGUGUACGAGGGUGAAUAUCCCACAACAAAGAAUAAUCAUUUUCUUGGUCAAUUUGCACUUACUGGAAUCCCUCCUAAACCCGCUAGGAAAGCUAAAAUUGAUGUAACUUUCGAAAUAGAUGCUAACGGUAUCCUACACCUGACCGCAGUGGAAAAAUCAACGGGUAGUACGAAUCAAUUGACUAUCGCAUACGAUAAAGGGCGUCUUGGUAAGGAUGAAAUUGAGCGUAUGAUCGAAGACGCUGAAGAAUCGCGUGCAAAAGAAGCAAGUCGAAAAGCGGAAUUAUUAGCUGCUAAACAGUCUUUAGAGUCGUACUGUGCCGACGUGAAGAGCACCGUUGAAGAAUUGAAAGAUAAAAUCGAGAAAUCUGAUAAAGAAAUAAUUUUGAAAAAAUGUGAAGAAACUAUUCUCUUGUUGGAUUCGGAUCAAUCAGCUAAAAAAGAGGUAUUCGAAAGUAAACUGAAAGAAUUGAAAAAAAUAUUUGAUAUGAUCAUUUCGAUAGCCCGGCACCCUGAUAAAACGAACGAUAAAUAUUACGAAAUAUUGAAUCUUUCCAAAGACGCCAACAAAAAACAGAUUAAGAAAGCUUUCAGGGAAAUCGGUUCUAAAUAUCAUCCUGAUAAAUAUAAAGGGGACGAGGAAAUUGCGAAUAUGUAUUGGUUAUUUGUUACAAAAGCGAAAAAUUCUCUCAUUAAUCUAGUAAAAGAAAGACCCUGAAGAAGUGCAGAAUGCAGAUAGCUUACGUCAUGAAGAUCUACGAAAUUCAGAAGUUGAGAAAUUAAAGAAAACGUAACUCGUAAUUUCUCAGACAAGCAAAAUUACCCGCCCUUCAGGCAGUGAAUAGAAUUUAAUACGUGUUCAAGUCAUUUUGAAGCCUCCAUCGAUUUUUUAAAAAUUUUUAGAUCCUUCAGCAGAUUUUUGAAACUUACGGAUUUAGAAAGCCAAAAUUCAAUCUGCAAACUAAUUUCAAUACCCUGUGAAAUCUAGUGCAAGUGCUUUCAACUCGUUUUGAAGCUUCUAGUUACUUUUUGGUCCUUCAAGGUCAACAUACACGAAACUAUAGAGGAAGUUAUCGAUCAGAUAGACCUCCUUUGCCAAAUUUGUCAAAUCUUGAAAACGAUUUGCCAGACUCGACAAAGUCGUUAAGUUUUGUAAAUUUUUAGUCUCAAUAAAGGGAUUUAUUUACCAGAAAAAAAAUGUUUUUUUACGUCUCGAAACACAAAAUUUUGAGAGCUUUUGCCCUAAAUUUGAUUGGGUCUCUUUGCUUAUGUUUUUUAAAACUGAAAUUUCUACAAAAAAUCAGUCAAAUUUUUUAAUUUUCAAGUCAAAAAGUCCAAUUCUUCCCAUAGAAAAAAAAACAUUGUUCACUCAAUCUCAACUAUCAAAACGAAAAUUUUCAAUAGCUUUUGCCCUCGAUAUUCCUGGCUCAAUUUGCUUGAUUAUUACAUUUUUAUUUACAAAAUGAAAAUGAAAAUUUUUUUAUAGGUCGUAAUAGGCUAUGAAUGUAUCCUAUAAUUACCCACUUAGAUGUAGGUAUCAAAUUUUUAGUCUUAAUAAAGGGAUUAAAUUGCCGACUUUUUUUGAACAAGCACAUUUUUGGCUCAGGCCUGUUUUUUUUUUUUUUUUUUUUUU